CACAACUUCCGUUUUAGGAAGUUAAACUGGAAAACUGAGGCUAAAUCUAGACUGACAUCUUAGCCACUAGGCUGUUUGGAGAAAGAAAAAAACUCAUCUGGAAGGCUAGCGGAGGGAUCUACUAUUCGACUGCACCUGGUGGGUGGAAGCUAUUGGCCACCUUGUGGGAAAUUCCGAACAGGGUUUGUCAUAAUAGGCAAAGCUUUCGCAACGCCAUCCGUAGUGUCAAUUGUCAUCAACGGACGACUCCGGUUCUUAGAAAUUCACUGAAAGUUCUAUGAAUCGAUUAGUAAAAGAAACGCAGAAGCACAGUAUAAAAAAUAAAGUCCCCUCGGUAGAGACUGUGUCUUUGACAGCUUUCAAUCCCUGCAUCAGCCAUGGCACCCAUUGCAGAUACACCACUCAGUGGAUCAGAUCCAAACAUGGAGAAAUCCAUGAAUGGAUCAGGAUUUUCGACUCCGGGAAUGUCACAGUCUCCAUCACAGCUAGAGCAACAAUCAGACUCCUUUGAUCUCGAGAGACUAGGACGAGAGCGUCCUGCUUGCUUCUCUAACAUAUGGUCGGAAUUGACCUUUGGAUUUUCUAUUGUAAUGUCUCAGAUCCUUGCAGAAUAUUAUAUAUCGGGCUCAAACGUUCUUAUUCCCACGUUAGUCAAGGAGCUACACAUACCGGCAGCUUCUGUUGUAUGGCCAUCAACCGCCCUGUCUCUCGUCGUGACCUCGACACUUCUCAUAUUCGGUCGACUGGGAGACAUGUACGGCGGUUAUGUGCUCUACCUGGCAGGAGCUGGCUGGCUGACUAUCUCGUCGAUUCUAGCCGGUUUCUCUCAGACCUGGCUAAUGCUACUCAUCUGUCGAGCGCUGCAAGGAUUCGCACUUGCUGCAUUUCUCCCGUCUGGGAUCAUGAUCCUGGGAAGUACAUACCGACCGGGUCCGCGAAAGAAUUUAAUUUUCAGCGUCUAUGGCGCAUGCGCCGCGCUAGGCUUUUUUGUCGGUAUAUUCUUUUCAGGCUUGUGCAGUCAGUUUGUGUCCUGGAGAUGGUAUUUCUUCAUUGGGGCCAUCCUCUCCGCAAUCACCACUAUCUCCUCGUAUUUCUCUAUCCCAAGCGAUUUUGCAGAGAGAAGACAGUCGAAAGUCCGAAUGGAUUGGAUUGGUUGUUGCCUGUCGAUACCAGGAUGUGUCCUGCUUGUAUUUGCGAUAGCGGAAAGUUCAUAUGCUCCACAAGGUUGGAAGACACCGUAUAUCCCGGUUUGCUUCUCGUUGGGGAUCAUCCUUUUGGGAGCCAUGGUCUAUGUUGAAGGAUGGGUAGUGGAAAACCCCCUGCUUCCCGGAGACUUGUUCGCAGUCAAAUACAUGACGCCACUUGCCAUUGCACUGCUGUUCCUAUAUGGCAGUCUGGGUAUAUAUCUUUUAUAUGCCACCUUAUACAUGUCGGAAAUAAUGGGUGCCGGUCCGCUGCAAAUAGUAGCCUGGACGGUCCCCAUGGGGGUCGGAGGACUUAUUCUCUCGACAACGGGAGGUUUCAUCAUGCACAAGAUAUCCGGGACGAUUCUGAUGCUGAUCUCCUGUGUCGGAUACGCCGGCUCUGGACUCUUCUUUGCCCUGAUCCCUAGAGGUGGGGUAUACUGGGGUUUUGUCUUUCCCGCAAUGAUUUGCGCCACGGUCGGAAUUGAUAUCAGCUUCAAUAUCGCCAAUAUCUUCAUUACUACUAAUAUGCCGAAAGCCAAACAAGGGUUGGCAGGGGCAUUGAUUAACUGCACUCUUCACUUCGGAAUUGCUAUAUUCCUCGGCUUCGCUGACAUUGUGAAGUCAGAAACCGAGCAUCUGGGCCAGUUUGAAAGCUACAAGGCUGCUUUCUGGUAUCAGACGGGGCUGGCAUUGGUUGGAGGUCUUAUUGUUGUGUUCUUCGUACGGAUUCAUCACGCAAAGAGCGACCUGACCGUGGACGAGAGACAGGCGCUGGCAGCCGAAAACCGGACGUCAUAGCAUAAGGCUUCUUUGGGCUGCGAAUAUGACCGAAAUAGUAUAUGUACAUAGGAUAGCGCAAUGUUGAAUGCUAUAAUGGGAUGGUUUUAAAAAACAACGACUCUGCUGCCUGAUUCAUGAGGUUGACCGAUAAUGAAAACAUGUGACUGGUUGCCUGAAAAAAAUGGGAUGGAUCUAAUAAGGUUGGUCAAGGCGGUGAAGCCAUAAAUGGAUCCCCGCAAAACUUCCAGCCAACUGU